AUGGGUGAACCGAAGGAUGAUGACGAGAGAGAUGAUAAGAAAGAAGACAGGAAAAAAGAUGAUGAGAAGAAGGACGAUAUGAGACAAGAUGAGAAGAAGGAUGGUGAGAAGAAGAGGGUCGAUGAUAAGAGGAGAGAUGAAAAGAAAGAAGAUGGGAAGAAGGAUGGUGAGAAGAAGAAGGAUGGUGAGAGGAAGAAGGAUGAGAAGAAGAAGCAUGAUGAUAGGAAGAUGGGCGAGAGGAAGAAGGAUGAUAAGAAGAAGAAGCAUGAUGAUAGGAAGAAGGGCGAGAGGAAGAAGGAUGAUGAGAAGAAGAAGGAUGAUGAGAGGAAGAAGGAUGAUGGGAAGAAGGAUGAUGAGAGGAAGAAGGAUGAUGAGAAGAAGAAGGAUGAGAAGAAGAAGCAUGAUGAUAGGAAGAUGGGCGAGAAGAAGAAGGGUGAUGAGAAGAACAAGCAUGGUGAGAGGAAGAAGGAUGAGGAGAAGAAGGGUAGUGAUAGGAAGAAGGACGUUGGGAAGAAGGAUGAUGAGAGGGAGAAGGACCAGAGGAAGAAGGAUGAUGAGAGGAGACAGGAUUACCAGAAUGAUGACCAGGUUGUUGAGAAGAAGGAACACGUUGCCACUACAGAAGGUCUAGAGAAGUUGAAUGGUUGCUGCAACUAUUGCAGUCUAAGCUCAGGAAGUAUUUGGAUAUAUGUUAUAAUAGUGUUUUAA